AUGAAGCUCACCUUCAAAGACCUCAAACAACAAAAGUUCAUCAUCGAAGCCGAGCCAAGCGAAACCAUCGCACAAUUGAAAGAGAAGAUCAGCAGCGAGAAAGGAUGGGAACCACAAACACAGAAGCUGAUCUUUUCGGGAAAGAUCUUGCAAGAUGAGAACACUAUCGAGUCGUAUAAUAUUGAAGAAAAGGGCUUCAUUGUUUGCAUGACAACCAAGCCCAAAGUCGUCGCAUCAAAACCCGCGGAACCGUCAACUCCUGCGAAGCCUGUGUCGACCCCUGCAGUGCCAGCGGCUCCUGCGCAGUCCUCAACAUCCUCGACUACACAACCACCUGCCACGCCUUCACCGGCGCCUGGCGCAGCAGCCACGGCUGGUGGAGCUUUCAACGACCCAAAUGCCUUGGCUAUUGGCGAUCAGCGCAAUGCUGCUAUCGCAAACAUGGAGGCGAUGGGUUUCCCGCGCGACCAAAUUGACAGAGCCAUGCGUGCUGCCUUCUUCAACCCGGACCGCGCUGUGGAGUAUUUGUUGACCGGUAUUCCCGAAUCAGCACCACAAGAACAGCGACCAGCUGCGACCCCCACCGGAGCUGCAGCCCCUGCGCAGCAGCAGCAACCUCAGCAGCAGCCGCAGCAGACCAGUGGAACAAGUGCUCCAUCUGCGCCGUCAGGUGACGAGCCUAUCAACCUUUUUGAACAGGCCGCUGCGCAACAAGGAGGAGGACGAGGGGCAGCAAGAGGUGCCGGUGGCCUUGCAGGUGCCGGACUCGGUUCGGGUGGUGCUGCAGGAGCCGGGCAAAUCGAUACGUCAAGUCUUGAUUUCCUAAGGAAUAACCCUCAAUUCCAGCAGUUGCGUCAGGUCGUCCAGCAGCAGCCUGCGAUGUUAGAACCCAUCCUGCAGCAGGUAGCCGCCGGCAAUCCACAGCUCGGGAACUUGAUCAUGCAAAAUCAGCAAGCAUUUAUGGAGCUUCUGGCCGAGGACACUGGCGAUGAUGAUGUUCAGCUUCCUCCGGGCGCUGUGCAUGAGAUUCCUGUGACCGAGGAGGAGCGAGAUGCUAUCGAGAGACUCUGUCGUCUAGGCUUCGAUCGCAACAUGGCAAUGCAGGCCUACUUUGCGUGCGAUAAGAACGAGGAGCUUGCAGCAAAUUUCUUGUUUGACCAGCCCGACGAGCCUGAUGAACAGUAA